CUAAACUAGGAGUAGUGACGCUUUCUAGGACUGAGUAACAGCCUGUGGCGCUGGGAGGGUGGCGUAUGGUGAAGCUGCGGUCGGCUCGCCCUCCUCUCGCCUUUCAGGCUUUGGCUGCUCCUCGCUCUGCAGUAGUUUUAUGAUGGAUGCAGCAGAUAAUGGCAGUGCCCUGAAUGGGGCAGAAAUGCCCCAAAACCCCUCAGAGACUAGGUCUCAGCCUCCACCCCAACCCCAGUCUGAACUCAAGGCCUGUCCGGGUGAAGAGGUGUGGGAACAUAGGCGAUCUGGGCGAUCAUACAAGAAGGGAGCACAAACAUCCAUGCCAACUGAUGAAAAACCGGAAUCUGUCUCAUUGAAGAAACGGGACCAAAUGUCACCCAAGAGACGGGAGCAGGUAGAAAAAUCUCCACGGAAAAGUAAGACUCAUCGAAAGGUCGGACACAGACAAGCACACUUUCUCCAUGGCCCAUCUCCUGAUAUACACUUUGGACCUAAAGCCUCCAUUCUGCAAAACGCCACUAGUAUCAUGCACAUUCAAGAUCCAACUAGUCAGAGGUUGACCUGGGACAAACCGCCAACAAAUGUACUGGUCAUCAAAAAAGUAAAGGAUGAAGCCCUUCUGGAGCCCUUCAAAGAACUAUGUACUUUUCUCAUUGAGGAGAAACACUUGGUUGUAUUUGUUGAGAAAAAAGUCGUGGAUGACGCAGCACUUGCUAAAGAUGUAAAGUUUGAGCCCAUCCGGCAGCAGCUCAGUCCUUUCCGCGAAGGUUACGAUGAAUUGUCUGGCUACAUAGAUCUAAUCAUUUGUCUAGGUGGUGACGGCACACUGCUAUAUGCCUCCUCUCUCUUCCAGACCAGUGUUCCACCUGUAAUGGCGUUUCAUCUUGGUUCACUUGGAUUUCUCACACCUUUCAAAUUUGAAUCUUACCGAAAAGAAGUGACCAAUGUGAUUGAAGGAGAUGCCAGGAUAAUUCUGAGGAGUCGCCUGAAGGUGAAGGUGGUUAAGGAAUUAAAAACAGCAGAAGUGGAGAGGCAAUACCAAGUGCAGGAUAACGGACUGGCCCCACAGAGUCAUAUUGACAACGAGGCAGGAAAAGUCUUCAUGCAAGUACUACAUGUGCUGAAUGAAGUGGUGGUGGAUCGUGGCCCAUCCUCCUAUCUUUCAAAUGUGGACUUGUAUCUGGAUGGGAGACUCAUUACAUCUGUGCAGGGAGAUGGUGUCAUUGUGUCCACCCCAACUGGUAGUACCGCGUAUGCUGCAGCAGCAGGAGCUUCAAUGAUGCACCCAAACGUACCAGCCAUCAUGAUCACACCGAUCUGUCCUCACUCGCUCUCAUUCCGGCCUAUUGUAGUACCAGCAGGAAUGGAGCUAAAGAUAAUGUUGUCACCUGAUACCAGGAAUGCAGCAUGGGUCUCAUUUGAUGGUAGGAGAAGACAGGAAAUUCAACAUACUGACAGCAUAACAGUAACAACAUCAUGUUAUCCGGUGCCAUCGAUCUGUUGCCAUGACCUCGUGUACGACUGGUUUGAGAGUUUGGCAGAGUGCCUUCACUGGAAUGUGCGAAAAAAGCAGUCACGGUUUGAAGAAAUCACGGAUUCUUCAGAUACGGAAUGUUAGUCCAUAAUGGAUGCAUCCCUUUCCCCAAACCCUGCCGCCUUAGCAAAACUUGAUAAUACUUUGUUUUAAGCUCAUUGGAAUAUCUCUUCUGUUUGUAUUGUUAAAUGGAAGACAGUAUUUUGUAUCCAAUUGUAGUGUACAUUUAGCAUUCCUACGGGUAUGAUCUUCCUGCCUCCCUCUGCCCAGCAGAUUCCUGAUAGCAUAAUUAUCUUGGGCUUUUCACUGGGCUUUGUGUCAAAGUUGAGGAAAGAGUAAUGAAGAUGCACCAGCUCUUUUCGAUGUGAACUUGAAUUCAUGUUGCUAUUGCAUUUUUUCAAAAGGUGCCUUAAUUGACCAUUAUCAAUAAUCAAACUUGAACAGUAGAAUCUGUCAUUGCAAUUUAUUUGCUGCAGAUCUGGUGUAAAAUGAAGUAGCUUCAUUUCCUUUUGAUUAGUUUUCAUAUCUGGGGUUGACCUUCAUUACAGAAGAGCAAAUAAGCCAAUGCUCUAACUUUGCCUGUUUAUUUAUUAAGCCUUAUGGAAAAUUCAAGCUUACCAUCAUCUUCAAUGCCUAAUUCCUUGCUGGGAGCAGGCUUUCAUUUAUCUGCUGAACCUCAACUAUACCUUAGAGAUCAGUGCCAAGAAUGUGGGGAGAAAGUUGGUAACCUCAAGUCAAAUGUUAACACCUGCUCAAGGACAAAUGUGUUCACUGUUGCAGGAAAAAAAACAUUUUAUACAUUUUGCAUUGACAGUUACUUUCACCUCUGAAUAACUGAACAAAAAAUACAUUCAGAACUUGGUUCUUUUGGAUUGUAUCAAUCAUCAUCAAGCAAGGCCAUUGUCAAUUGCACCUCCCAUUUUAACUGCUGUUUGGAGUGGGAUGACACCAGGUUCUAAUGCAUUGUUCCAUCCACUGUGAUUCAAGAGGGUACACCUGAACUGAGUUUGGGCUAGCACUGUUUGUAUUGUGAACAAUCUCAGUUGCAUAUGUUAGGGCCAAACUGGUGCAUUAGGUAAUAUUAUUCUGAAUAUGCAGAUAAGGGUAGCAGGGAACGUGUAUAUUUUAACCCUGACAUUGUUUUUAUCUUAAAGCUGAUGCACAUUAGACCUAAUCUGGAUUACUUUUGUUGAUAGUGAUAAAAAGUUCAGUAUUUUCUUUCAAAAACAUUGACUGCAUGAAAUUUGAAGGAUGACUUACAAGUGAUUUCCAAUUAGAAUUAUUUUGACAUCAUAUUAAUAAAAUUAAGUAUCAAACAAUAUAACUAUACUCUUAUUGGACAAAUGCCAUUAUAAUAAGGGAAGAUGUUGAGCUUCUUGCAGACAUAAUGACAUACCACAGAACAAGUUACAUUUCCAGUAGUAUACAGUUGUCAAAUUUGUUCUAUUUUCAAUAAAAUAAAUUAUUUUCUUUGAAAUUGUAGGUUACCAAUGUAAGAGCAACAGAUUCAUUUUGGUGGGGUGCAUUAGAUCUGAGUUUUCUCAUGCUGUUUUGGUGUCUUUGUAAGGAAAAGAAUUGUAUACCUAUUACUGCAGAUAACAAUAAGUUGCCACUUUAAGUUAGUGAGGAAGACUAUGUGCAUGGAGCAGCAAGAUUUACCUGAAUGGCAGCAGAGCUAAUGACAGUAUUUAAAAGGGACUCAGUCACAGUCAUUACUUUCAUGGCUGCAAUCCAGAGCAAGAGGCUUCAGUGUUCCUGUUGCUAAGAUAAAUUAAUUUUGCAAUCUCUUAACUGCUAAGAUAUAAUUGCAAAGCUAUAAUUGUAUAAUGAUCUAUAGCACAAGAUCCUCUGCUCAUUGCAUCCACACUGGUCAAACAAUGAACCUGACUCAGUGGUAACCUUUGGUAGGGAACUAGUAACAGCUACACCAAGAAAAGGAAAUUAUGCAACAGAAUUUUGUUGCACUUAAGCAAUUUGGUGGCUGCUGGCAUUUUGAAAGCUAUUUAGUUAAGCCUGUUCCCUUUAUUCAUUUCCCCAAAGGAAGGAGAACCUUGCAGGGUUAAGUAUUUAUCUUGAAAGUUAUUAAAAUAGCUUCCAACAACCUUUAAGUCAACUUUGCAAAUUGAUCCCUUGUUCUUUUGAAAUAUUUUAAAAUUUUAUCUGAAGUUCUUACAUGUGGGAACACUUUCAAGGUAAAGGACAAUCUUGUUGGAGAGGAAUAGGUUUUCUCUCAAUGCCAUUGCUUUAAAAGGUGAGAAACAUGUCACUUUACCUAUUCUCUGCUUGAAAAGGAAAAUACACAUAAACACAGUUUAGUUUUUAAAUUGCAUUUACUUCUUCAAAUAGCUAAAACAGUUGUUUAAAUAAUGUUCCAGUAAUCAAAGACAAGUCUUUAAAUUAUGUAUCAAUCCAAAUAUGGACAUAACUGGGUUUGAACAAGAGUAAGGAGUAAACAUUCCCUCCACCACUCCUCUCCCUCUCUCUGGUGAAAUAUGUGAAGUAGCAUUGACCUGUAGCUACACUAUACGAUGUACAAAUACUCAAAAUACCAUUUGAGAGCAGGUUGAGAUACUCACUACCAGAAAACCACCGGCACACUGGCAAAUCUUUCUCCAAGAAAGACACAUGAUAACAGAAAAAAAUGCUUUUGUCAUCUCAUUAGGAAAAGCAUAUGAAUAUAGAAAAGUUCUACACUACCAAGUAUUUUUUUUCUGUGCUAUUAGGUUAAUUAAACAGUUAACUACAAAGUUGUGGUCCACACUCAGGUGACUCUGUGAAAUGUCAGAGAUCGGUUAAUUACUGCAUGACGAGCAGAUGCUGGAAACCAAUUAAAUUCCACAUUUAACUCGAUCCUUCAGACUACCAAUAAUGCGGCAGAGGUUUAAGGAGGAAGGCUUGAAUCUGACUCAAUGUUUUUCAACAGAUUUCUAAUGAGAGGGUACAAAUUAUUUCAGCUUGUAAAAUAAAUGCAUUGUGCAUUGAAAGAUCAGUGAAUAAACCUGUGAAAUUAGGGAUUGUUUUGCAAGAUAUAGAUUAAUAAAACAAUGUUACUUACA